AUGCCGGCACCGAAUCGUUCGUUCCUGAACUUUGUCGUUGCUGCCGUGCACUGCAUCCUGGAUCAGGAUGGUAACGUGAUACUGGAUCCGGAGGGCAAACAACUGAAAUUGGCACGCAGUUCCUUUACGUUUGUCUUCGAUAGCAUCGCGAAAAACACCGUCACCUCGUACGUGCACGGAAGUUUUACGCUCGACGAGUACGAACGGGUUUUGGCGGUGUGCAAAAGUGCGGUGGAUAAGAUUUUCGAUUUUUAUCGCAAAGUGUCCCAAAACAUAACGCAGGUUGUAACGGACGAAAGUUGAUGAGCGGCUUAAAG